AUGGAGACCGUUAUUUGGUCAUCUCAAAGUGAACCCGAUGAUCGAAAUGGUGAAAAAGGUAAAGACGACAUUUAUAUCCAAGGUGUGCCUAUUCCUCCUCAAAUUCUUGCAGAAAUCUUAAUCAGAGUUGAUAAUCCUCGUGAUAUUGGUUAUAUAUGUCCUCUGGUAUGUCGUCGAUGGUACAGUGUUUUAUCUGCUCCUGGUUUCUGGAUCAAUUAUAUGAUAUAUCGAUCACUGGAUUUGCCUCCAAGUUCCUUACGAAGUGAACCUUCACUGAAUGUGAAGAAAGUUUCUAUUAAGCAGGCUUUCAGGCGAAAUUUGAUCAACAAUCCUAGUGGUGGCGAUGGAUUUCUAUCAGAAUUCGAAGUCGAGAAACCACCAAUAGGUUGCGUGUCAACGGAAGAUAUACCAGUUGCGUUUGUGACAAGCUAUGGUUGGUGUAGUAAAUUUCAAGUUAUUGAUUUGUGGAAGGAAGGAAUUGAGCGUGCUUUUCUGGAUGAAUUUUGUCCACCAAUCACCGUUUCGGAAUGCUGUACUGCUCGCUUCGAUUGCCCAUCCAUAUACAUAUUGGAAGUGCGGUUGCUUCCUGAUGGCUCUUUGCCUUUCCCAUAUAGACCAACACCACAGUUUCUUCGCUUUACUCGAUACCCUCGUUUUGGCCAGCAGCACGAUGUUCCAGAGCGUGAUGAAACAACCAAUACUUCAGUAACCAGAGUUCGAAUGUUAAGUGAUAUUGAUUGGCAAAAAAUCGAACAUACAUUUUCGAAUUACCCUCCAGGCAUUCGUUACGUAUUAUUUCAACACAGCGGGAAGGAUCAGCAAUUUUGGGCGGGGCAUUAUGGUUCAAAAAUGGCUAAAGCAUCGGUUAUUAUAAAUUAUGGUAAUGGAGAGCGGAGAUGUGUAACAUAA